CGCUUUUAAUGUCAGUUUCUUAGUGUUUUGUAUUGGACAAACAACAGCAGCAAGGAUGGACAUGCCUCAUGGUGAAACUAUGCCCAAUUUGAUGAAUGAGGUGAUGUUGAAGGAAGCAGUUAUGGAGCAAGUCUCUGAAGAUGAGGUCAAACGCAUUAUGAAGCAGGAGAGCAUCCACUUUAAAGAAACCCUUCAUCUACGUCUGGAAUUCAAAAAAAUCCAAAGAAUUCAUUGCUUGUGGGAAUUCACAUCCUUGGACAGGCUUAAUUUGAACAACAACCUCAUUGAAAAAAUUGAAGGCCUGGACCGUCUAUUGAAUCUGACAUGGCUAAAUCUAUCAUACAACAAGUUAGAAAAAAUUGAAGGUUUGGAGUCUCUGCGGAAGCUUGAAGUCCUGACUCUGUCCAACAACAGGAUCUCUGUCAUUGAAAACAUGGACACACUUGAGAAACUCACACUAUUCUGCAUUGGAAACAACCUCAUUGGACAGCUGGAUAAUGUGCUGUACCUCAGGAAAUUCAAGAACCUGUUCAGCCUCAACCUGUGUGGAAAUCCUGCCUCUAAGGAAGACGAUUACAAACAUUUUAUCGCGGCCUACUUUCCAAACUUGAUAUUCCUCGACUUCAAAUUACUCGAGCUACAGACAAAAAAUGACGCUUCUGUUAAGUACCAAAAUGCCCUUGAGAAAAUGAAACUCGAGGAGCUGCAGCAAGAACAAGCUGAAAAUGCUGAACAGAAGGAUGACUUAGAGGGGUUCCUGAAGGGGUCUGAUCUGUCUGAGAGCAUGCUCAAAUUUGAUCCAGAGGCAAAGACACUCCGGGAUGUGCCUGGAAUGGCUCGAGAGAUGGAAACAUAUCCUUUCCUCCCCUUUUCAUUAAGCAGUUUACAAAACAAGAUAGGGAAGAAGUGCACAGAAAUAAAGGCUUGUAAUCAGACAGCAAUGGGGGAACAACGACACUACACAUUCAUACCCAAAGAUCAAGCAAUGUAUCAGCAUCGUUUAAUCUAUGGUAAGUUAUUAGUUGAAUUCUUUAACCCUUCGCUUACAUUUGAACACCAAAUGUUAGAGCUGUUCACACAGAUCAUUGAAUCAGGCUUGGCUGAAAAUGAGCGCAGAGAGACGGAGGUGAACUGCUUUGUCAGCGCUCAGACGAAGGCGAUGAAAGACUACCAGAAGAAAGUCUCGAAAAAAAUGGCAGAUUUUGAGGAGCAGCAUCAAAAGAGGAUGGUGGAGCUGCAGCAGAUUUCAGAAUCAGACCUGCUAAAGGACAAGAUCAGCCACUGCAGUGAUGAAAUCCGUCAACUCUGUCACAGCUUCAUGGAAAUGGAGUGGCGGCACGUCAGCCAGAUGGAGGAUAUCAUCAAAAUGUUGGAUAAAAAUCUCUCUGACAUGGUCGGCAACUUCAGUGAAACUGUUCAGGGACUAUUCACUCAAUGUCGAGAUCUGGAGGAUACAUAUUAUGAAAAGGUGCGGCAAGUUGCUAUAGCGACUCUGGAGAAAGUGGCCAAGGGUGAAGUGGAAGAGCACAUGCAAGAUGAUGCUAAAGCUCUUUUCACAGACAGAGAUGCAGUGAUGGAUGCACUAGAAACCGCCCACGAAAACCACCUGCUGAGGAUCAACGAUCGACAGACCCAGCUGCUCACACGUGUCAGUGCGUGGAAAGUGGCCGUCAUUGAGGGGGUUCGAGACAAAGAACUUGAGGGGAAUCGAACACGUAUCUCAGACUUCCACAGAUAUACGGACAUUUUGAAGGAACAGCUGGAGGAAUAACAUGUAGCACCAUCAUUUCUACCCAAAGUUGUAAAACAAUGGAAGAGGACUAUUUCACAGCUGGACAUCAAUACAUUUAAAUAUGCAAGAAACAUUUUUUUCUAUAGCCUAUUUGAUUCAGCCUAAUAAAACAAAAAACCUUUCAAAUAUCAGAUGGUUAGCAAAAGUGAGACAAAUUGUGCAUUUUUUAAGUCCCUUCAGUGUGUGGCUGUUUUAAGAAACUAUGAAAAAUAAUUGAAAAGAACAUUAAGAUUAAAAUAAAUUUAAGCUUGGUAUAGGACUAUAAAAUACAUGUUUUUUAAUGUUUCUUUAUGGUAUAUCUCAGAAACUGAAUAAAAUGGGUCUUUGUGUGUCUAUAAUCUGUAUCUGAAAUAAGACUGAACAUAGACUACAUAAACACUGGCCAACACAGUUAUACAUAAUUAUUUCAUAAAAUGCUGGUUAAGGUGUAGUAGAUAAUUAAAUACAAUUCCCAGAAUUGAUAGAGCACCAGUCUUCCUGUCUCCACCCAAUGAAAUUCGGGGAAUCUUCAGGUUGCAUUCAAGUACUGCCAGAAUGAAAGGAAAAAAGACUUUCAUACCGCUAAAAUUCAGGUUAAUGCUCAAUUACGGUCAAUAAAGCCAGAG